AGACAAAGGGUCCAGCUCUUGAAAUAGGACCGAUUUGAAUCGCAGAUACGUGUUAAUUGCAUCACUGGGACCAGUAAACGUGCCCCUCUUCGGAUGGCGAAGCUGGGGAGUUUAUGAGAAAUCCUUUCCUCUCGCACUAUUAUGGUGUCUUCCCACGCAAAUAACCCCAGGCUGUCGGUACCUUCAAACUCAUCACUGGAUUCAGUCACCUCAAGCAGAACGUGUAGCAUCAGCCGCCCAUCUCUCUCAGAUAAUAUCGAUUGACGUCAGAUGUCACAGCUGGCGCGCACGCGCGACGGCUUCACGUUUCUGAGUGCGCCCCCAGCAUCCGUCUCAGGCCCGGGCUAUGCGGCAGUCAGGACGAAGGUGUCCUAACGCCGUAUCAGGACUGAUAUCAGGAGUUCGUGCGUCGGCUAAGCCCGCUUACGAGUCCUUCGCGAACUCGCGUACGUCGGGUCAGUGCAGCAGGCCCGGGUUCGAACCGGACGGGCGUGAUUUAUUUUUUUUUUUAGGUUUUGUGGGGUUAUUCGCGGGUGCUGAGAAUUGAUUUAGGAUGAAUUAUGAAGAGUCACCACAUCCAGAUAGAAAGGAAAUUUGCAGUAAUAUAAGGAUCACGAAACUCCCUAUGAAGAAGAUCCCAACCAAGGACAACCCCUAAGACAGAUAUCUCCAUAACAGGGAUCGCCACCAUCGUCCACAUUCGCAGGCCAUCCCCAAAUACCCAGAGAUAAAUCAUAGACAUUCGAUUCUGAUACACGAGCCAGUCACGAAGCAGAUGGAAAUAUAACUCCUCUAUAAAGUUGGUAGUGUUGGCAGCUAUCGAACUGCAGAACUUUCUCAACUGCCGGAGAGGAUAUAUCAAAGUAACAGUUGGGAAUGAACAACGAUCGUCAGCUGUUUGGGGUAAUUUUGACAUUGGCCCAUAAGAAAGAGCGGUUCUCUUCCUACGUCAAAAGGUUACGAAAUACCGAAUCAGAAGAGGGAAUGGUGUCUUCACGCGUUUGUAGAAUUCAAAGGAGGCAGAUAUGUUUGGAAUAUUCGAGAUUCUUCAAGACGUUCUUAACAUCUUAGAUGAGGUGAAUGAAUUGUGGAGUUUCCAGACAGGAGGUGGUCCGUGAACUAGGGUGAUCGAUGAUGAAAAAACGCCGCGGUUGGUGGUGACGUCAUGCGUGUACCGGAAACGACAAAACAGUCGAGACAGUCGAGUUGUUACUUUUCGUCUUCGUUGCGUGUUAUCGUCAUAUUCGCUAUAGUACUAACCGAAGGAGUCAACUCCUCGCUACUGGUGCACAAGUACAGCACGCGUGUGGUAGAUACCAAGUAUGGACCACUGAGAGGUGUCAUGAUCCACAUCCAUCCGCCAGUGGAAGCGUUCCUUGGAGUUCCGUACGCUACACCGCCCGUUGGUAGUCUGAGAUACAUGCCUCCAGUAACACCCUCUCAGUGGCAAAAUACUCGGUUAGCGGACAGAUUCGGUGCUGUGUGUCCUCAAAGACCUCCUGAUAUCGGCAACCGAACAGAAGCCCUCUUGGAAUUCCCAAGGGGUCGGUUAUUGUACUUGGAGAAAUUGCUCCCUUUACUUGCGAACCAGAGUGAAGACUGUCUGUUCCUUAAUAUUUAUGUGCCUAGAGCUGCUAAUGGCGAUCCUGAACCAGAAGCCCUACCUUGCAUAGUUUAUGUUCAUGGAGAAAGUUAUGAGUGGAAUUCCGGAAAUCCCUAUGACGGUACGGCCCUGGCGUCUAUGGGUAAAGUUAUAGUGGUCACAAUAAACUUCAGAUUAGGAGUUCUAGGUUUUCUCAAGACUGGUACCAAGGGAAGCGCACAAGGCAACUUCGGUCUAAUGGACCUGGUGGCGGGUUUGCACUGGCUCAAAGAGAAUUUACCAGCCUUCGGGGGUGACCCUCAGAGGGUAACGUUGAUGGGACACGGGACCGGGGCGGCACUGGUCAACUUCAUUGCCGUUUCUCCAGCUGCUAAGGAACUUCUUCAUCGAGUGAUUCUGCUGAGUGGAUCAGGGCUGAGUCCUUGGGCGAUACAGAGGGAUCCCUUGUCGGUGAAGAGAACUGUAGCCGAACACACAGGGUGUCAUGGAGAUCUUCUAGAGGAUGACUUGGCGCCUUGUUUGAGACUGAAAUCAUUAGAUCAACUACUUAGUGUGAAUAUAGAGUCACCUAGAUUUUUACCAGGUUUUGCCCCGUUCAUCGACGGCACAAUCCUCCUCAACCCAUCCACCAACGUGCCCUUGACGACGGGCGGAGGCUCGUCAAGCACCGUGGCCACCUCGGCCGGUUUCGAGCUGGCCGACUUUCCCGAACGGGACCUGAUCUUCUCGCUGACCAGCACCGAGUCCUACCUCGAUCUUAGUGCGCAGGACCUCGAGUUCGGUUUCAACGAGAGUCGGCGCGAUCGCAUCUUGAGGACGUUCGUGCGCAACUCGUACUACUACCACCUGAACGAGAUCUUCUCCACGCUGAAGAACGAGUACACGGACUGGGAGCGUCCGACGCAGAACCCGCUGAGCGUGCGCGAUGCCGCGUUGGACGUGCUUAGUGACGGUCACACGGUGGCGCCCCUCAUUAGGGUAGGUUAUCUCCACGCGAUGCGGGGAGGAAAGACAUUUUUUCUACAUUUCAAUCAUCAGAACGGGGAGAGGGAUUUUCCGAUGAGAACUGGUAGCGUGAGAGGAGAAGACUUGCCUUAUGUCCUUGGAUUACCUCUAAUCCAAGGCGGAUUCUUCAUACAUAACUAUAGCCGAACAGAUAUUGCAGUAGCCAAAGCCCUGAUACACUACCUCAGUAAUUUUGCCAAAAAAGGGGACCCGAAUGGCUCCGUUCCAAAUGCAUCAGCCUCGGAAGCCAAGAAUGCACAACAAAAAGCGAAAAACGUCGAGGACGGUGGUACACCCUAUUACUGGGACACCUAUGAUACCAUCAAUCAACUCUACUUGGAGCUUGGAAAUCGAGCGGAAACAAGAAAUCAUUACAGAGGGCACAAAAUGUCGCUGUGGCUCAACCUCAUACCGCAGCUACACCGACCUGGCGAACCUGGGGACGACAUCUCAAUGAGGCAUCAUCAUUUUCAGGAGGAGGGAGAUCAAUAUUAUGACGGAUCUGUCCGAGCUCAAAGCAACCAGAAACCAUCAUUCAUACAUGCCUUAGCAGAACCGGCAUUGACAAGCCGUACUGCUGCACCAAAUCCAACGUCUUCAACGCCUUCACCACCGAAAUCUGAUACUGCAGUUCAGGCAACGACCACCGAGUGUCCACCCAACUCCACUCUAGCGGGGCCCAGCAUUUCGAAGAACACGCAUAACCAUCUGCUCAAAAAAAUUGCAUCUAGUCAGUUUCAAUCGUACACGACAGCCCUAAUGAUCACCAUUGCCGUCGGGUGUUUCCUGUUGUUGUUGAAUGUUUUGAUCUUCGCUGGUAUUUAUCACCAGAGAGACAGGGGCAAGAAAGAACAGAAGAAGAAGGAAGAACAAGCGGAAGCAGGCUGCAGUUCAUCUGUGGACAUGUACGGUAAAAACUACGACACCCGUCAUAUGUCAGCCUACGAAUGCACCAAGAGCCCCUACCUGACAAGAGGCAAUAGCUGUAAAUCGCUACAUAGCUACAUAGACGACUACAGCUGCGAGAAAAAGAUCUUCGCCGACGUCCAAAUGACUGAGCUGCCUUUGCAACAGUUCAACUCCUCCCCCAUCAAACGUCCACCGGAAGUCGUCAUCUCCUCGCAGUCGACUUCCUGUCAGCCUCCAGACAUCACGACAGUGUCCAACACUUGUGUGGCGUCCCAAACCACCGAUCCUGACGAUCUCGAAAAUGGCGAAGACAAGCAUUCGCCCCCUAAGACUGUUACUGUGUGCAAUCAGACCGGUAUCCUAAGACCUCACGGUGCGCCAACCACGCCAGGGACUAUGAAGAAGCGCGUCCAAAUACAGGAGAUCUCGGUCUGAUGGUUCCGCCAAACGGAAGUGGAUGUAAUAUAUAGUUAAAUUGAAGUUUAUCGAAAAUGGCAGAUUUGAUAUCAUAUCUGACUGUUUUUCCAGUUUCAUUUUCGUCAGAAAAUGGUUUUAAAGAGUUGAACAAUUUUUAACUGAUAUUUUUGUAAUCCUGGAUACUCUCUGGAGUGAAGCAUUGUUAAUUGUUUUCGACUUUAUUCAGAUUUGUGAGCGUAGUAUUGUAUGGAAAGGUUGGUUGGUUUGGCAUCCCAAAUAAGUACUGAGAAAAAAACCGAUGAACCAUUAAAAUCUUAAAUCUUCCAAAAAAGAAUGAGAGAUUAUUUUGAAUCUAUAUAAGGGUAAAACAUGAUCUUAUUCUUGAGUAAUACUUUGUGUUGCUUUUUUUUCUUGCUAAUUCACAAUCAAUAAUCAUUUUCACUUUCAAUUCAGCAGCUUUACUUACCUUCAUAUGACCUGGACUGAAAGCAUUUUAUAUCAUUUUACUGUUUCUAACCUAUCUUAUGUAAACACGCGUUCCUCCACCGACCACUGCUCCAUUGUGACUGAAAACCAAAAGGGUGAUUUUUGGAAGGCGAAUGAGUGCCUCUCCACCACACCAUGAUUUUGCAUUUUAGAGUACCGUCCCAUCCAAAUUGUAUGAAUUUUGAGUUGACUCACUUCAUUUAGUGCUCGAAAAAUUUCUCAAUUUGAAAAUUACUUUAAAAAAGACUUUUUGCAUAUUAUUAUUGGAAAUGUAAGUGUAAUUUAUAGGAAGAAAAUAAUUGAAGAUUUUCACAACCCUUUUCGAAUCUAAAUCACAUUUGUUCUUAUCGAAAAACGAAUAAAGUAAAUGAGAUCAACUGAUAAUAAUGAAUUGCAUUGUCCUAGUGAUAAUGUUAAUAUUUUGUUAUGAAAAGAUUCUUAUUUCUUCAACCCUUCAUUUUGUUACAUCCUGUUCAUUUAUCAAUUUUUUUGUGGUGAAGUGCAAAAAGAAAUACUUAGUGGAUUUUGCUACAUUUCAGAAAAUUUACACAUCAUUUUUUAAUUACCAUAAUUUUUUUACUAACAUAUAAUAUAAAUUCAUUUUAAACCAACUCAAGUCGUAGAUUAAGUGGGCUGCAUUAUAGAAUAUUAAAGAUUUUUUUCUUUCUAACCUCAAUUAAAAUGCAAUUUUAAAACUUAUAUCGUUUCACACAAAUUCAGUACAAAAAAUUAAAAUAAGGUCUUGAGUGUUCCUUUCUGCCUUCCCUUUAUGGUAGUAGUAGUUCUUUCUGAUUUUCAAUGUCCCAAUAUUGAGCCUCCUAUAAAAUACGAAGUUUGGUUGAAGGAAUUGAUCCAUACCUAAUUAAAAUAUUUGCAUAAAUUUUUUCUUCAUAUAUUUUAAUAAUUGUUCCAUAUAUGCAUACAUACUUUACUUCGCUCACUCUUAUCUGCAUAAAAAACCCGAAUAUAUUUUAAACCCUCCUAAAAUGCUGGAAUUGUUAAUUUUAGUGUGUUCCUCUAAAGGAAUUGAUUUAAGUCACAUGACUUGAGUUAUACAAACAGAGCAUACUCAAAUCAAAUGUAUAGAAUACGGUACACUUAAAUGUGAAAAUUCACCCAUCAGAAGUAUGUCAACAUAAUAUUGUUAUCGAAAUCAAAGACCAGAUCAAAAAUUAAAUGAAGUUGUUAUU